AUGCAGCGAUCGCAGCACAGCGAGGAAAGCGAAGAGGACGAGAAAGAUGACAUUCCUCUGCACCACAAGCGGCCCUUUGGCGCCGGGCUGAAGCGCAAACGGGUCGAGUUUGUUCGGGCGCAGGACCCGGACGACUACAUUUCUACGCUCCCAUCGACGAGACCGACCAGCUCCGUCGUCGGCGACCUGUACGCCAGUAUCGUUCUCGGCACCGCCAAGCCCGACGGCGAGGCAGAGGCGGACGGUGCGGCGUCCACCACGCAGCAGCCCGCGCCGACAUGCCCCGUCUGCUCACUCGCCAUUACCACAACGCGGGCCGCCCACGAGGCGUCGCUGGCGCACCAGGCACGGCCCAAGGACGAUGUGCUAGGCGUCGGCGCCGCGCUCCCGGAAAAGACGCCGGCGCAGGCCAGGGCGGACGAGGAGGCCAGGGAGGCCCGGCGGCAGCUGACGGCGGGGGAGCGCAAGGCGCGGGCGGCCAGGGAGCGCGCGCGGGCGGCCCGCUGGCAGGCCGAGGUGUAUGGGCGGCAGGAUCUCGACAGGUACUUGAAGGGAGACGGCAAGGAGUGGGAGUGA